UCAGUUGUAUUAAGAUAUUGUACCUGACUAAAAUAAUUUUAUAAGCAUGAUGACAUAGCAUUUGUAAUGAAGAUGAAAAAUUAAAGGAAUCCUAUGUACACUCAUUCACCAAUAAAAUCGAUUUUCUUAUUUAUUUAUUUAUUACACAAUACACACAAAAGUUAAAGUUUCAGGUUUAAGGACCCAAUACGAUAACAAGGUUUUUAUUAAAUCUAGCGACAACUUACACCAUAUUAAACUUAUAUUAACUAGUAAAGUAAUCCAAACUAUUACAGAGAUAACGGAAAAAACAAACCUUAUAUUAAAUUUAAUAAAAUAAAACAAAUAAAUAGCGUUAUUAUUGUUAUUGUUAUCGAGAUUACAGACUUCUGAUAUUUGGCUUGGCUUCGAUUGAAGUACGGCUUAAUGGGCUUAACCAAUACUCCGAGCAGAACGGGAACGCUUUGUACCAAAUUGUAGUUCUACAAUACAAUUUGGUACCAAAGCGUUUCAUUCUAAUGAAACUGAAACAUACUUUUGUUGUUUAUGAUCAGUCAACUCCAAUGUCAAUUUGACAUUUAGGCUCUAAGACAUUAACAAUUUGACAACUAGUAAAACACGUAAAAAUAAUGCCGCCAAAUUGACUUUGGCGAAGGAAUGACAAGUUUGAUAGCAACUGCGUCCUUCUCAGUCGUCGACGACAUCAAUUCAGUUAAAGAAAUAAAUUACCACAAGUAUCGCCAACGAAGACACGUCCUCAAGUCGAAGGAAAAUACCAUUAGACACAGAUGUGAUAAGGUGCUUAAACGGAAGUUACGAAAGUAUAAACUUAGACAAGAUGGGCAAGAAGAUCAAGAUAUAUUAGAUGUGUCGAAAAUUCUCGUUUCAUCACUAAUUAUCAGGUCCCCAAACAAUCGAAAAGAUCCCUAUUUAUGUGAAGAUAGCGAGUUAGAUGAUUGGAGGCCUAAAAAUUACCUUUUCAAAAUGGUUAGAAGAAAGCCUGUAAAGAUAAGUGAAAGCUUGAAAAACUCUAACACUGAGGUAGAUGUCCAAGAUGAUGUGACCAGAGACAGUCCUUCAGCUGUCACUAGUCAGGAAAAAAAGCAAACAAAUGCAUUCAAACUGUUAAUGGAUUCUAGAAACAAGAGCCUUGGGUGUAAUUCUCCAGGUAAAGACAAAAGUGAUGAAAACAUUGAUACAACCGAAGUAAUUGAAAGAAAGAACAUGAAAGCUAAAAGGCAAUUGUUACUUCAAAAAAUGGCUGAAGCAAAGGGAUCUUUGAAAAAUAAAGAAAUCGAAGAAUUUCAAGACAAUAUUAUUAAAGAUCAAUUGGAAAAGAGAGCAAAACGAUUAAAAAGUAUGAUUUUCAAAGACACUAAAUCUGACAAAGAAGGUAAAAGUUCUAAUGGCAAGUUAAAAAAAGAUGAAAUAAUUGAUUUGUCAAUAGAAGACAAAGCCAAAGUUGCAGAUAAUAACAAUACAAAGAAACAAACCAAGUCAAAUACAUUCAAGAUAGUUGAUAUAUUCAACACAGUUGAAGAGAAUACUAUUAUUACUCCAGUAAAAAAACACAUAUCCAAGGAAGACGAAGAUUUUCUGAAUAAGUUGUCACCCUCUUUAAAGAAAAAGGAAAGUAUGCUCUGUUAUUUUAAAAAAAUAGAUAAAGAUACUGAAUGUUCUCCUACUAAUUCAGAAAACGAUAACCUUAUAAAGGUAAAACUUCAACCUAGAAGUAAAAAAAAGAGUAAGAAGAAGAAAUUGAGCUUGAAAAAAGACAGUUUAGAAGUAUGUGAUUUAACGGAAACUAUUAAAGAACAAGAAGAGAACAUUAAUGAAGAAGUUAGCGAAAUACUUGUGGACAAUAAUGAAAAAAUAACAGAUAACAAGGUACAUGAAUCCUCCAUCAAAACUCAACAAAAAUCAGAAGAUAAAACAUUAGCUAGUAUUAGUGUUAAUAUUCCAGACUUUACAACAGAUAAUAAGAUCCUGAAUGUAAAUGGUGACGGUGUUAAAGUUAAGAAUGACAGUCAGAAGCGGAAGAGAAAUUCAAAACUCGAUACAAAACUUGAUUCUGAGAAUACAAAUAUCACCUGCAACAGUGAGAGCAGACCGAAGAGGUCAGUAAAGAGACCAGUGAAAUAUGUUGAUGAUGCUUGUCUGUCAAGCUCUGAUGAAGACUUGCACAUUUUCACACCAAAAAAGAAAAAGCACAUUGAAAGUAAAAAUGAUAAAAAACCAGUUUGCUCAAAGACUGACCAGCCUCUAGAUGAACUCAAACCUGUGAAGCCUAAAGCAGAAAAGAAAAUAGAGAAGGUUCUGAAAGAUGUGACAUGUAAGAAACCUACCAAACUGGCUCCCAUAUUUACAUCUAAACAAACUGAUCCAGCUGCUUUAGAAGCUAAACAAAAAUUUUUACAAAGUGGAGUCCCAGACAAAUUGAAAAAGCAAAUACAACAACAAAAAGUUUGCUCUAUUCCAGAUAAUAGCUUUCCUGUGGUUGUUCAUGUUCAACAAAGUACUGCAAUACUUGAAGAUAAUCAAUUUGUCAAUAUACCAUUAAUGAUUACUGAAACUGAAGAAGACUAUACAUUAUCUUAUGAAAAUAAUAAAAUGCAAAAAUUGCUAAAUCUUAAUCAGGACCUCAGUUGCCAUAGUGUAGACACUAUAAGCAAAAAGAGCACACAGGCAAUGUUACAGAGUAUAAAGAAGUUGCAUCCAAAGUUCCCAGUAUACAGGACCUAUCGAUAUUUGAGAAGUAAGGGAAAGGGAGAGUUUAAAGACUGUAGUUAUGUAGAUGUAGAUAACAGUAUUGAAGUUUUGGGUGAUAUGGUAGAUGUUAUAAAUGACAGUCCUGACAGACUAAAUUGGACUGACAAGUACAAAGCUAUAACUACCAAACAAAUUAUAGGCAAUUUUGAGACUUUAAAAGAAUUAAGAAAGUGGUUGGUAUCAUGGACAGAGAAUCAAGUUAAAUCAAAGGCUAAAAGUAAGGCCAACUCAGAUAGCUCAGACUAUUAUGAGUCUGAACCUGAUAGUAGAGACAGUAUGAAGUCUACAAACAAUCUUUUAAUACUGGCUGGUCCUACAGGGUGUGGCAAAACCGCAAGUAUUUAUGCUGUUGCUGCAGAUUUAGCCAUGAAGGUCAUUGAAGUUAAUGCUAGUAGUAGACGGACGGGAAAAAUCAUGUUACAAGAUUUACAGGAAGCAACACAAUCACAUAAGGUUAACAGAGGUACAGGAAAUUCAGACAAUAGUCAAAAGUCACAAGAAAAACAAACAGUUAUUCCAAAACAGACAAAGAAGCGAGGUAGACCAAAGAAGGCCAUUGAAGAAGAGAAAAGUAAAGCAUCAGUUGUAAAGAAUGAAGUUCUAAGUGGCACUACCCUAAGCCAGGAGAGUACUAGGACAGAUUCAUCACUUAUACUCAUUGAUGAUGCGGAUAUAGUAUUUGAUCAAGAUGAUGGUUUUACUUCAGCCAUAGUACAGUUAGUCCACUGCUCAAAAAGACCUGUAAUUUUAAUUACAUCAUCAUUAGUUUGUCCACAUUUGCAAAGGUUUGUACAAAAUGCAAAAAUAUUAAAAAUGAGCCCUCUUCUGCCCAGAAUUCUUGGGACAUGGUUAGAUAUCAUGUGCCUAGCAGAUAGUGGAAUGUGUUGGCCUGGUGUUGGAGCCAAAAUGUUGAAUUAUUUUAAAGGAGAUAUAAGAAAAACCAUCAACUACCUGCAGUUCUGUUUACCUAAAGUACAGAGUGUUGCUUCGGAGGAAGAAGCUGCUUCACAAAAUGUUGAUUUUUAUAAGAAUCACAUUGAUGAAGAAAGCUCCUGUAUGUCUUGGGCAGAUAAUGAUGAUACAGAAGGAAAAACAAGUGCAGCUGGUGAUGUGGAUAUAAAUACUAUUUGGACUGCUUUUGCUUCUAAACAUUCGAAUUUAAUGAAUCUAACAUGUCCAGUACAAUUAUUUAACAUGUGGUGGAGUAUGCCAUCCCUAUUAACAACUACACCUACUGAUCGCCCUUCACAAAAAUGCAAUAUUAGUCAUAAGAAGAAGGCUAGCCUGGAACUGGAAGCAAUAGCAAAUGCUGCAGAUGCUUUUUCGUUGUCUGAUUAUUACAGUCACAUCAAUCCAGACACUGACAGAAAUAUUACAUCACAACCUUGGUAUUGUCCUGAGAGUCACAGUGUGUCAGAAAGAGAGAAUCCUGGCUACUAUCAUAAGGAACAUGAAGUUAUGAGUGAAAUUUGUCAUACAAUUUUGACUGGUUCUAUUGCAACAGCACAAGAUGUUCUAAGCUGUGAUAGAAAAACAAACAUUAGUUUUCCGGGAAUGCUGUUAAACAGACAAAAAGACCGAGUGGUAUCGAGGCACAACAGUUUGACGAGCUACUUGAACGCGUCAGCAGUGUUGGACAGGCGGGCCCUUGCGUUGGACUAUUGGUCUUCCUGCCGAACUAUUUGCAGGCUUGAGAAGUCAAAGAAUGACACCAACAUGAAAAGAAACAAUCGCUUCUGUCACUAUCUUAAAUCCUUAAGUGUUCUUUGUAAAAGUGAUACUUUCGAUAACCUCUGUGACAGUUUAUGUUCUAAUGUAGGAACUGAAUUAAAUAUCAAUAAUUUUAAUGAAUGAUAGAUAAAAUGUAAUGUUCCCGGUACUUGUAAUAUAUUUAAUAAUAUUUUUAGUUCAAUAAAUAUUAGUUGUUCUAUUAGGUAGUUUUUUUAUAUUAUUUUCGUCUUAGUUUAGUAUUCAGAUGCAUGGACGAACGGAAAUUGCAUAAGAUCAAGUUAUGAUUUGUUAUAUUAGAUUCAUAGUUAUGUUGUAAUAGAAUAGUCUCACUGCAUUAAGUGGUUGUUAAGAUACUAAAUUAUUUUUGUAUAAAAUAAUUAAUCAUUAUUUUUGUAUAAAAUAAUUAAUCUUUUAUUAUUAUGAUUGAUUAUUCUUAAAUUGUAUUUUUCUUGGUACUCACUGCUAUACAAAGAGCACGAACUCUGAUCAUGUAUCAUUUGUACUGAACAAAUACACAUAAUUACGCAAGAUUUGAUAAUACAGCUAUUUUCGCUCAUGUUGCUAAAAUUAAAAUUGUUUUUCGAAGAACUUAAGCCCAUUUAUCUCUUGGCAACUGGCACCUAUUCCUGUUUUGUCUGUCUGUGAACAAAAUUAAUGCUUUAUCAUGUAUGCAGAUAACAAUAUCUGUAAAAUAACAAAUUUGUCUUAAUUUUUUUUGUAUUUAAAUGUAAUUAAUAACUUGGUAACAGGCAAAUUAUAAAAAUAUGUUUACAAUAAUUAUAUAAAUUCAUAUUAAAAUUACGUGACCACAUGUAUAUGUGGCGUGCGCUUUCUAUAGAGUGGCACAAGUACGAAACGAAUAGGAUUAACAAAAUAAAUAAUUUUCAAGACAAAAUUAAAUACAAAAUAUAUAUACCACGUAAAUAGAUAAAAAUACACAGAUUUUUUGAAAGAAUAAAUACUUGAUACGUUUGUGCAAUGGCCAUUGUUGUCUUAAUGAAAUAAAUAUUGUACCAAAAGUUCCACAGUUAGUUUUCACUAGUACUAGAGUAGCGUUAUUCCUUACUUAUAGGCAAUAGUCAAAAUAAAAUAAAAAUAAAUAUGGCAAAUAAUUGGCCUGCUACGUGCUACGUGCGGCCGGCCAUAUAAUCCUUCACUGCUCUAUCUAGCAUAAGUCCGCCAUCCACUGGUCAUGUAUAUUUACAAUGUUAACUUCUCUCUCUUACUUUACCCGUUUAUACGGUAGAUAUCUAUCUAUUUCGCUCUUACUCUCUUUUAAUAUUAAAGUGACCUUAAAACGUAUGGACUGUACAAUAAACUCUAUACAAACUGUAAAGUAAAUGACCCCUUAUCGUGAUAUUUAUUUUUUCUAAAUUUUAAUGAGGUCUCAGUCGACUGAAGAUUUCCCUGUUCCAAGAUUUCAUACGAUCUCGUGUUAAUCAGUAAUUAUUUUGUAAAAAACAUUUUUGUUAAUGAAAAAAUGUACGUAUUUCCCGUAUUAUCUUUUUCGCAGAAGUCGUAUUUCUACCUUACUAUAAUCAAUUGCAUUGAAGAUAACUUUGCUUCGUUGAACGAGUGAUCAUUAUAUUGUCACUGCCCAAGCUCGAGGUCUCUGCUUCGAUUAGGCAAGAAAGUAGGUAUUAUAUAUUCUGGCAGUGUAACUAUAUAGGCUCUUAUUGUUCUGCUGCAAAAUUCUCUGUUAGCCACACUUCAAAAAUUGUGUCCAAUAUCUGGCAAUCGGCUCAUUCGCAUGUGGCACAACAGAGAAAAGUGUAUAGGUAUACCUAGUACGUAGAUAUACAGAGAGUAUCUUACUUCAGCAUUAGUAAUAGUAGUAGAAGAAGAUACACCUUCAGGGAAUAACUGGCAUGUUUCUAUGUACCUACCUAUGUAAGAUAUAAGUUAGGUGAUUUCAAAUCAUUAAAACUGUAUUAAAGUUACCCUGAUUUUGAAGAUCAUUAAAUAUGUGUGUGACGA